ACGUGCCGACGACCAAACACCAACAGAGGACGUUGGAGAGUCCGUUGUUUUGUGUCUAAGCCUUGUACGACAUCGCCUGAUCUAAAGAUAUAUUGCUAGUGUUGAGAUACGGCAAUGUAGUUCACUAUAGUACAGCUCGCACGGAGUAGUGAUGGAUACAAAGUUCUACCCAGUCAAGCGCCACACUCGUACUGAAAUGCGCUGACUGACGUGCAUUGGCGCGUUUCUAGUGUGUAGCUUCCCUUACAGAGCUUCUAGAGGGUUAAUGAAUGUCAGGUUCGACAGUCCCUCUCUCGUGCAUGGCCAGAGGGGGUACUCACAAGUAGCCAGGCAUCGGUCAGAGAGAACGCCAGAGCGAUAAGAUAGGGGCAUUCCGACAGUGAAAUAGGAGCCUUGAGUAAGGGAAUAGAGUGUCGUCUGCCGAGUAUGUGAUACAUGACAUGCAUUUGCACGUGCAUGUCCGUUGAUGUGUAGUGUCCGUCACAAGGAAUAGAGUUCCAUUGGAUUAAUACACUUAUAUCAUUUUGUUAUAACAAAUAUGGCAGCUCCGUACAUGUUGGAGAAGCGACUCCUUUAUUCCUCAACGGGAGGGACACUUUUUGGCGUUUUGCUCCAUAUUAUCGCAGUUGCUACGACUCAUUGGCUUACAUUUGAGAUACCAGGCGGGCUGUACAUUAAUGCUACGGGCAGGUUCCUCAGCGAAGUUCAGAGUGGCCUAUGGCGGUCAUGUAAAACGGAAUUUACCAUAACAAAGGACUCCAACAACCAGAACAUCAAACAUACAUAUGAGACGUGUGCCCGACACAAUCUGUUCCCAACUGACAAUGAACUCCACAGGGACAAGUCUAUAGACUUUCAGUUUCUCGAUUACAUGAGGACCGGCUCGGCCUUUGGGAUCAUCGCCCUACUCGUUAUGGUCCUAGGACACAUAUUUGCAAUAUACACCCUGAGACGGCCGCGCUAUAUCCUGAAGCGACUGACUGCUCUAAUGCAUCUAAUGACAGCUGCUUGUGUGCUAGUGGAGAACGAAGUUUUCAUCAGACGAGUGGAAUACGCAGACGCUCAUCUUCCGGAACGUAUUCCAAACAAGGCCGACCAUACAUACGGGUACUCAUUUGUGUUGUCAUGGAUGUGCUUCGUGUUCUUCGUAAUCGCUGGUAUUGUCUUUUUGCUUACGUCACACAAACGGAAGGCAGAAAUGGCAGAUGUUGAUGACACGGGGGCGGAGGAGGAUGAACCAGUAGCGAUCCGCCGGUAACAUAUGUGUAUGUCCAAUACAUUAGAACACCAUUGUUGGCAACAGAUGGAUAUCAACAGUAAAUCCAGGUCAUAUUUCUGUGUGAGUCUAUCGUGUACAUGUAGAUUGAAGUCACGUGCUGUCACGUACAUGAACGUUUUGAAGAACUUAGAACGACGAAAAGAAAUAUUUGUCCGAAAUGAUAUGCAAAGCAUUUGUGUUACAAUAUCCAGGAAGUAUUAUAUGAAAAAUAUGACAAUGCCUUGCGAGAUUGUUCGGGAGUUAUCACCGACGUGAUAUUUGUAACAGAUUGUUCGGAUACGUUCGGGCCUUCUCGGCUUAUUGCUGGUUUACCUACAUGUGUUUAGCUGUCUGGUUGAAGAUAUUCCGGAUGUGUUCGGAGACCCUGACACCUUGCUCGGACACCCUCCGUCUCGCUGUUUUGUUACGGCAUUUAUUAUUGACCAUCCGCCACGUGUUGAUAUAUCCUGAUUGAAACUUUUCAAAAUAUUUCGGUUCAAUCUGUUGAUAUUGGAUCGCCUUUAUAAAUGUUAUACUAUAUAUUAUAUAUAUAGCGUCUGCUUCUGGUUAGUAUUAAUAGAAAAUAAAUAUCGGCCCCUACUCCUACUAUAUGAACUGUUGAUAUAGUAAGAGUAAGGUCUAAUAGUUUUUCUAUUAAUACAUACCAGAAGCAGGUGCCUGUGGUUAAUUAUACCUUACUAAAAAGUGAUUUUUUUAUAAGGAAGACACAGCUACAGCUCCGGAGGAUGAUUAUCAUCGUAAACCCCGUCCUCCGGAAGAUGAUUAUCAUCGUAAACCCCGUCCUCCGGAGGAUGAUUAUCAUCGUUAACCUCGUCCUUCGGAGGAUGAUUAUCAUCCUAAACCCCGUCAUCCGGAGGAUGAUUAUCGUCGUUAACCUCGUCCUUCGGAGGAUGAUUAUCAUCGUAAACCCCGUCCUCCGGAGGAUGAUUAUCAUCGUAAACCCCAUCGUGACGUCCGUCGGAAAAUUAUCAUCCUUAACCCCGUCCUCCGGAGGAUGAUUCAUCGUAAACCCCGUCGUGACGUCCGUCGGAAAAUUAUCAUCCUUAACCCCGUCCUCCGGAGGAUGAUUAUCAUCGUUAACCCCGUCGUCUGGAGGAUGAUCAACCACUGUCCCUACCCAUGGAGAAUGAUAAUCACUGUUCGUCGACACUCGGGGUAAAUCACCUUAAUCCCAAACCGCCGGAGAAUAGUUGUCAUCGUCUACCAGUACUUCGAAAGAAUGUUUACACUUCUCAAGGAUUUUUUCUUCACGUCCACGAAAUGUUUAGAGAGGAUUAUUCUGAGACCUCGGAAUUAUUGCAACGUGGUUCAAUCAAAACAUUGCUUCCUUACUUUAAUACUCGUUAUCGAUUUUGAAACAUGUUAUUAUUGUACUCGCGAAAUACAGCUGCCUGACUAUGUGCUAAUGGUAACUAGCGCCUGUUCACCUGCUCAAAUGUGCUUUUAAUUAACGACUGCUCUACUAUUUUUCUUAAGUGUUAUUUUCAACAUUUUGUUAAAUGUCAUUUUGACAGCUAUAUAUACUUCUUACCAUGACAUUUAUUUGUAAUCGUCUGCCAAAGAACUUUAAUUCGAACCGAUUUUUUCUGAGAUAAACUUUCGAGAUGAGUGGUGUUCCUCCAGCCAGCCAUUGUACAACCUUUAUUGGUUCUCUGUCUAUCAUUUAACACCACCUUUCGGUUCUUUGUUCCUAAUCAUCUUUGUUGUACAAAUGGAGUCUGUUCGGAUUUGGGGGUUUUACCCAAACUGACGCCAUAUCACGAAAAAAAAUCGUCAUAUGACCUUUGGAAUGGCUAAUAAUUUACAAGAGGUUAAUUAAAGUGUGUAUACUUUAUUUCCGGUUAAUGGAACCACAUUAAUUAUAUUUUUGAUAUGAUCGGAACAUCUGAGAAACGCAUGUAAAAACUUACACAGAUUAAGAGACAUUUAUAUAAUUUAAUUAUAAAUGUAAUUUCGUAUCCAGAAACGCGACUUCCUAAGUUUCAAUGACUUUAAUUUCUUUGGUUAAUAUUGAUUGUUUUGAUAACCGGGUAACACUAAUCCACGGCUUCACCUGAUACAAGGACACUGGUAGCUUGUGUUACCCACACCUUUACAUGGAAAGAUUUUUUUAGUUUUACUUUUUUCUUUCUUCCUUUUUUCCUUUUCUUUUGUUUUGUUUUUGUUUUGUUAUUUGUAUACCAUGUUAAACAUUUCAUAUCUCGGCAUUUUGUGUCGUUUAUGAUCACUCUCAUUUUUCUCCGAACUCCACCAAGCCGUAAUUCAUGCCUUUCUCAGUGAAAGGCGGCGUAUGUAUGUAUCAUGUCAGCAUUGCCAUCUGACGAUAUGUCCACCCCUUGCCGAUGUACACUUGGCGAGUGAGCGUCCACUUUAAUAUACUUAUGGCUGAAUACCACCUGUAAUAUUCUCGUGUUUUAAACUCGAUAUUCACUCCAUUUAACUUGUGUAGGCAUGUGGCUACCUGCUCUCCUUCCUCAACACUGAGACUUCAUACGAUUGGGAAGUUUUGCCAAGCUCACAUGUUCUGUUAAACAUUUUGAAAACAGUUUGAAACACCUUACCCCACUGAUUUAUGGUUGGUAAAAUAUGACUUACUUUCUAGAACAUCAUUUAAACCUGGCUUGGGAUUAUUAAAACCAUCAUAUCUGGCUAGGGAUUAUUAAAACCAUUUUAACUUGGCUAGGGAUUAUUAAAACCAGUUUAACCUGGCUAGGGAUUAUUAAAACCAUUUUAACCUGGCUUGGGAUUAUUUAAACCAUUUUAACUUGGCUAGGGAUUAUUAAAACCAUUUUAACCUGGCUUGGGAUUAUUUAAACCGUUUUAACCUGGCUAGGGAUUAUUAAAACCAGCUGGCUGGCUGCACCUUUAAUGGGUUUGACCUUGCUAUCAAUCUUCACUACUCAGGUAGGUAAUAGUGAUUCUAUCUGGCUAUAUACAUGUAUAAUGCUUUCGGUACAAAACUAUUUGUUUUUUAUAAUGAAAUCAAAUAACUUUGAUAGGGAUUGAAUUCCAUUAGAUAUUAUUAUUUUAUUAUUAUUAUUAUUUUCUUUUUCGACUUUUUUAUUUGUUUUCAGAGGUGUGAAGUUUUGUUUCAUUUAUUUUCGGAGUUAUGAAGUUUUUGACAAUUGCUUCUUUUUUUGGCAAUUUUGAAGCCAGAUAUUUUUCAUUUGUCAGCUUUCCUGCUGAGCACGUAAAUUAUAUGUAAAUCGAGCAACUAUUCACGCUUUGUCUGUAUGCAAUAUUCUUUCUAUACAUGUACACUUUUAUUCAAAUAUAGUGUGAAUAUUUCCUCGAUUCUCAAGUAGUUUACGGGACCUAUGCUGUAUUAUAUCAAGUACGAGUCAAUGACUACAUUCAUCUUUUGAUACACCUCUUAAUGUCUUCGUUAUGCAUUGUUGUAUAAUCAUAUUGUCAUUUUGCAAAUAUAUCACCUUGCUUAUUAAUCAAAAUGUAUGAAUAAUUUUGCACCGGACAUGAGAGUAAUACUUUGAUCUGUGCGUUUCGAUUUUACCUUGUCUUUUGUAAUACAAAAAUCAUGAUUCAUAUCUAAAGUGUCUUUUGUUACACUUUACAUUAUCAAACAACGCGUUUGCCUAUACCUCUUUUAUUUAUGCACGUGCUUUUAUAUGAUCUAUUAAUUCAAUGAUAAACUAGGCGUAUGACACCAUCAGUGUCCUAUUCACGUGUUUUACACUCGCCACCAUAGAGUGGACGUUCACGCCAAUGUUUUAUAAUAUGAUGUGGUCUCUAUCAUAGUGAUCUUUAAUGUCAGCGCACGCAAAACUUAAUGAGAUGUAGAGACACUAUCAGACAAAACACGUGAAUCUCCAUGUUAGCGCUCAGGAUUCCACCUGUAAAUGCACGAGAAUUGACGUGUCAGCGCGUGUGUUUCCACGUGUCAAUGUACAUGAAUCUACACGUCAGCACACAUGAUUCCGCUUGUCAUUGCACCUGAAUCUAAAAACUAGCGGCUGUGAUGCCAUUUGUCAAUACACGUGAAUCUACACGUUAGCGGACGAGACGCAAUGUGUGUCAUCGCACGUGAAUCUACACGUUAGCGGACGUGAUGCAAUGUGUCAUUGCACGUGAAUCUACACGUUAGCGGACGUGAUGCAAUGUGUCAAUGCACGUGAAUCUACACGUUAGCGGACGUGAUGCAAUGUGUCAAUGCACGUGAAUCUACACGUUAGCGGACGUGAUGCAAUGUGUCAAUGCACGUGAAUCUACACGUUAGCGGACGUGAUGCAAUGUGUCAUUGCACGUGAAUCUACACGUUAGCGGACGUGAUACAAUGUGUGUCAUUGCACCGUGAGUCUACACGUUAGCGGACGUGAUGCAGUGUGUCAAUGCACGCGAAUCUACACGUUAGCGGACGUCGUGCCAUAUGCCAAUGCACGUGGAUCUACACGUUAGCACAUGUUUCUUUACAUGCUUGCUCAUGUUACGUUACAUAUUAAAAUCAUCUACAACUAAACAUUUAUUUAUUGGCGAUAUGUGAAUAAUGUACCUGACGUUUUUGGGUAUCCUACAUUUGUAUUAUUAUUGUUAUUUCCACAUUAAAAAUCUCUUCCUUCGAACAUAAUUUUGUGUGUUAACCAUGAUCUUUACUAACGAUUAUUUUAUAUUUUGCAAUAAAAAUCUGAUCCCUCAAA